AUGGAAGCUGAAGCGACCACAACCACAACCCCGGCCGUGCCCCCCGCCGCCACCGAGGGCAGCACCAGCAGUGGCGAGACGAAGAAGAAGCCGGUGGUGUGCAUCGUGAUCGGCAUGGCCGGCAGCGGCAAGACCACCCUCAUGCAGCGACUCAACGCGCACCUGCACAUGCAGAAGCAGCCGCCCUACGUCAUCAACCUGGACCCGGCCACGGCCAGCAUCCCGUUCGGCACCAACAUCGACAUCCGCGACACGGUCAAGUACAAGGAGGUCAUGAAGCAGUACAGCCUCGGACCCAACGGCGGCAUCAUGACCGCGCUCAACCUCUUCGCCACCCGCUUCGACCAGGUCCUCCACCUCCUCGAGAAGCGAAGCGACCAGCUCCAGCACGUGCUGGUGGACACGCCGGGGCAGAUCGAGGUGUUCACGUGGUCGGCCUCGGGCGCGAUCAUCGCUGAGUCGCUGGCGUCGUCGUUCGCGACGGUGAUCGUCUACGUGAUGGACACGCCGCGAUGCGCCAGCCCGCAGACGUUCAUGUCCAACAUGCUCUACGCGUGCAGCAUCCUGUACAAGUUCAAGCUGCCCUUCAUCAUCGUCUUCAACAAGACCGACGUGCUGAGCCACCACUUCGCCAUCGACUGGAUGAAGGACUUCGAGGCCUUCCAGGACGCGCUCGCCAACGACACCAACUACAUGUCCAACCUGGUCCGCUCCAUGAGCCUCGUCCUCGAGGAAUUCUACUCCUCGCUUCGGGCGGUGGGCGUGUCGGCCGUGACUGGCGCGGGCGCCGACGAACUCUUCGAGGCCGUGGACGCGGCGGCGGACGAGUAUUGGAAGGACUACAGGCCCGAGCUGCUGAAGAAGGUGCAGCAGAAGGAGGAGAAGGAGAAGCGGAAACAGGAGAAGCACAUGGCGCGCCUGGAGAAGGACCUGCUCGAGGCCAAGGGCGGCAAGGUGGUCCUCGACGCCUCUCGAGUGCCCCGGCCCGACGACGACGACGAGGAGUUUGAUCAAGACGAGGCGGAGGAGUACGAGGCGCUGAUCCGACAGAUACGAGAGGACAAGAAGGAGGAAGAAGCGUGA